CGGCGUGGCCAUCAAAUACCGUCUUCUUCUUAUAACUUUUUGUUGCAAGCACCCAUGUUGCUUUAGCUGUCUUCGACUCCUUGGAAGACUUGAAAGGCUGUGAUUGUCAGAGACUUUAUUGAUGGUUUCUUUCACGGCGCUGUCCAAGACGUUGCACCUUCUCCUGCUUACGUUGCCAGCUCUUGCCGUCUCGGUCGCCCUUCCCUCCUCCAAGAAUGACCCAUUUCGCGCUAUAGUUCUCGCACAUCGCAAGCAUGAGCCCGAGCCACCUCUCUGCUGCCUGACACCACCUCCGUCUAUAGAACCUCUAGAUGAUGUCGAGGAUGUCCUGCUCUCGUUCGAAGAGUGGAAGUCCAAACAGUUUCAAUCCCAAUCCAAACCUCAAUCACAGACUCAGCCUCGGGUGACGGCUCAUCCACAAAUUGAAGCGUUAGAGCACACGGAGUCAAGUGCUACCCAUGAAACUAAUGUCACUGUGCCGGACACGUCUGCACACCUCCCGGAAAUAGCACUUUCCCCUCACUUCAGGGUACCUAUCACGGACCGCUUCAAUUAUGCAAACCUAGACUGCUCCGCACGCGUACACACUUCUCAUCGCUCUGCCAAGUAUUCUUCGUCUAUUCUGUCAUCAAAGAAGGAUAAAUAUAUGCUUUCGCCUUGUUCUUCAAGCAAGGAGGAGCAGUUCGUGGUUGUAGAGUUGUGCGAGGAUAUCAGAAUCGACACCGUGCAGCUCGCAAACUUCGAGUUUUUCAGUGGGGUGUUCAAGGAUUUUUCGGUCAAGGUCGCAAAGACCUACACGACGUCUGAUGACGGGUGGGUACUGGCAGGUACCUACAAGGGAAAGAAUGUCCGUGGUGCACAGUCUUUCCACACCCCAACUACCCUGCGUGAUUUCUACAGGUACAUCCGUAUCGACUUCCAUUCACACUAUGGACAUGAGUAUUACUGUCCUGUCUCCCUUCUUAGGGUCUAUGGUCUGACCCAUCUUGAGCAAUGGAAAUGGGACAUGUGGGAAGAAGAGAGUCAUAAACUCGCCCGAGCUCAAGCUCAAGCAUUUUCCUCCAUAACGGAGCCCCUACCCAUCAGUUCCGGGGGAUCUGAACUGAACAAGUUUAUGGACGAGCUUGAGGCUCGGAAUAUACCUUCUGCAUAUCCUCCUAAUACCCCACUUCCCACAACCAAGGUUCUGUCUACGGCACAUAUGAGUUUAAGUAACUCUCAGCAAUCCAAGGCGGUGAGCGGGACGUCCAGCUCAGUCAACUCUUCCGUUCAAUCCACGGCGUCUCCGCUAGCCAUUAGUCUUACCGACUCCGCCACCGUGCAGCAGCCUACCCCGUCCGCUACCUCUACAUCAGUAUUGAGUUCCGACACCAACGUUACAUCUUCUUUCGACACCGCCAAAUCUUCUACAGCAUCCCUCUCGCCUAAUGAGAGCACGUCUACACGAUCCCAAAAUCUAAUCUCUUCAGAACUCUCGCAUACCUCUAAUAUGGACGCAUCUUUAUCGCAAUCUUUAUCUUCAUCAUUAUCAUCUCAUCACAGCUCAUCUGCGAACACGCUGUCGACAGCCUUGCCAACAUUGCCUACCCCUCCACCCGUCGGAUCAGGUGGAGAGUCAAUAUACCGCACAAUCAUGACCCGAUUGACUUUCCUGGAGGCAAAUCAUAGCCUGUAUGCACGUUAUGUGGAAGAGCAAACUGCUGGUGUACGCGAAGUACUCAGGAGGCUCGGUGAGGAUGUUGGCAGGUUGCAGAGCAUCAGUCGCAUACAAGCACAAAUGUAUCAGCGCACAGUUCACGAGUGGGAAAGGCAGCGGCUUCGUCUGGAGUUCGAACACAGUGAAUUGCUCUCGCGAGUAAAUCAUCUUGCUGAAGAGGUCACUCUUGAAAAGCGUCUUGGCAUUGCACAACUUUGCCUGCUUCUGGCAGUGCUCGUGUUCAUUGGCUUAACCAGAGGUGCACCGUCAAUAGAACCCCCUCAACUUGUUACUCGUUCUGCGAGAGAAUGGGGCCGGCGCAACUUGAGCUUCGCUAGCAGUAAUGCUGAACGUGGCUCGAAUAAUUUACUGUUCCGAAGUCGCAGUCCUGAGAUUCCUGUCGGCAAAAGGUCUGAACCUCAAAAGGAUCGUCCUUCACGCCUAGAUUCUCCUGUGGACUUUCCGUCUCAUCGAGCGCAACGGUCCUCCGAUCAUGAUCCCAUUCCACGUCGACCCCCUCAUUUUAUUGCCUUCGCAGAUAAACGAUCCACCCCGCGCGGCUCCACCACAAAACGUUCCGGCCCUCCAUUUGCCAAUUUUGCACUCCGCACCCCCACCCGCCGCAUACCUAAUUCUAACUCCACAGAGAUAUCCACACUCCCCCGCGCCGCUCACAUGGUGCGAACAAACUCGCACUCAUCAACAGGACUCAUCAUUCCCAAAUCCACCAAACGCUUGGCACGGACAGCUCAUCUGCACGAAGUCAAAGGCUCGCUAAGUCGAAGGGAGAACCGGAGCUCAAAGCCUGGAGAACGAGAAAAUGAUUUCGAAGACGUGUUCCGUGGUCCUUCUAUGAAGACCCAUCAUCAUUCGCGACGACCCCUCUUCCCGGUUGACUUAUCACAUCAGCCAAAGGACGUGAUAUCAGAAGAUACCACUGACCCUGACGCGUGGGUUGACACCGAUGUCGAAGGAGGGUCCGAAUGUUCGGAAUUUUCUGCACUCGAUCCCUCCCUUUGAUAUGACGAUUUUUUGAUGGGCCUUCGAGGUUCGGAGCUGUGUGUUAAGGGAAGGACUGCAAUUGCACAUACCAUAGAUAUCGUCAUGCCGCAUCGCCACAACUGAAUGCUGAUGCAUCGGAUGACGCAUACAAGACUUCACAAGCUUCUGACCGCGUGGCUGUUGA